CACUGAUUUUGAUAUUUAUUAGGUUUACAAGAACUAUACACUUUUUGGGGGGUGAAAACUCUUUUGAUGCAAGACUUUAGAACUAGAGUUCUAGACCUUGUUUUGGUAAACAAUGCCCUAGUGUAAGACUUAAACAUGAAAUAGUCAAUCCCUGUCAGUUUGAAUGGUCUUGUUUUUAUCCAUUUCCUCCCUUAUGCAGCACUGGCCACAUUACCUUUCCUUCUUGGCUGUGUGGACUCAGCUAAGUCACCACACAGGAGAGCACUGAGGCCAUCUGAGGCCUGAGCCUGGUCCUCAGGACUACACUCUCCCACUGCCACCGGCAGCCUGCCUCAGCCAUCCCCACUCUCCUCUGACAGAAUGAGUGCCCUUGACGGUGUCCCUUUCAAGGUGCCCAAGGGCUUUCUGACCGGCACAGAGCUUCUCCCUGGGCCAGAACUCAGUGUCCCAGCCUGCAGGGAGCUUCUGCUGGGUUCUAUGCACGACUUCAGCCUGGAGAGGAGGACGCUCUUCUGGGUGGAGGCUGUCACCCGGGGCGCCCGCCAGUUCCAGUGCGAUGCUCCCGGGACGGCGUCAGCCCCUCCAGCCUGGCUCUUGCUGGUCGGCCCGGAAUGCGGGCUGGCGUCCGCGCCGGCUGCAGCCGCAGGCCCCGAGGCUGGACCCCAAGAGCAGCCCGAGGAAGAGGAGGAAGAGGAGGAGGAGGAGGAGGAAGCCACCCCUGGCAAUGAGGAAAAGCCGGGUCCUCGCAGCCCCCAGCCCAGCGCUCCCGCGAGCCCCAGCCCGGGCCGUCACCGGUGCUCGCUGCAUGUGCUGCGAGGCGUGAGGUCCGAGCUGGCCGGUGUGCGGCGCAGGCUCUCCGAGGGCAGGACGGCCGCCCGUCCACGCGCCUUUCUGCAGCGCAUCCGCCACCGGGCGUGGAGCCUCUGUCCCAGCCCCGAGCCGCCCCCGAGCCCCGCGCCCGCGCCCCCGGGCCCCUGUGUGCCCGCCCCGCCCCCGCGGCCCUCCACGGCCGGUGCCGUGCCCCCGCUGCGGAGCCACAAGCCCACAGUCGCAUCCCUCAGCCCAUACACCUGUCUGCCACCUCUUGCGCGGGAGCCCCAGCCUCUCAUCGUCCACAGAGCACAACCUGAUUCUGCUGACCUGCUGUCCGCCCUUAGCCAAGAGGAGCAAGACCUCAUUGGGCCAGUGGUCGCCCUGGGGUAUCCCCUGCAUAGGGCCAUCGUGGCUCUGCAGAAGACGGGGCGUCAGAGCCUGAGCCAGUUUCUCAGCUACCUUAGUGCCUGUGACCGGCUGCGGCGGCAGGGCUACGAGGAGGGCCUGGUGGAGGAGGCCAUGGAGAUGUUCCAGUUCUCUGAGAGCCAGGCAGGGGAGUUUCUGCGCCUCUGGGAACAGUUCAGCGACAUGGGCUUCCAGCAGGACCGGAUCAAGGAGGUGCUGCUGGUCCAUGGCAACCGCCGCGAGCAAGCCCUGGAGGAGCUGGUGGCCUGUGCCCAGUGACCACCGGGGCACUCUGCAAUGCCCAGCAUCCCAGACCUGUGCUAAACCUGGCCAUCCAAGUCUACAAAGCAAUGCAUGCUUGUUGUAAAAAUGCAACAAUGCCAAGGGUGGGAGCAAAUGCUAUAGGAGAGGCAAAACUUCACCCAUCUUGGAUUUUCAGCUGGACCAAUUAAUUAGAGAAAAACAGUUUAUUAAUAUAUGCAGCAGACAUUACGUGGGAGAACCCUCAGUGAAAAGUAGCUGAAAGCAGGGGUUUAGAACUCUGGCUUGUGUAGCAUCAACAAAGAACACAUUUGUAUAGGGAUAACAAGAAAUCAGCUUUAGGCUUCCAAAAAUGACAAACUAGGAAGGUAAAUAAUGGGAGGGAACUAAUGGAGUACGGCUCACUUGCGCUAUCUCCGGAAGGAUAAGAAUCAAUCUCAAGAAAAGGAGAAUUUAUAUCCUGCCUUUAGACAGAAAAGAGAGAGGGGAAGACAAGCUCUUCCUGCAUUUGCUGCUUCUUAAUUGCCUUCAGCUCGAAAUAACAUUUUUAUGUCAAAGAAACAUAUUUUGGGUGACAUUCUGGCUUCCUUCAAUACCCAAAGAACCAGCUAAGAGUUGAAAGUGGGGAGGGGGAGAUGGCAGGGUGUGGACAAGGAGCUGUGUUUUCUCACACAAACCUUGUAAAACUACCUUUAUUUGACCCUUUAAAUUGUGUGCUUUGAUUUAAAAAAAAUUAAAACAAAGAAAAUGAUGUGCAAUUCUUUUGGGUCUUAUAGGCUCCUGGUCUUUUUGUAGAAAUAACAUCUAACUGUGGGUCCAAAGAUCUAAUUUCUGAUUUUGGUUCAGCUGGUGACUGGCUCAAAGCUUUUUUGGGCCUCAGUUUCCCCAGGAAAAGAAGAGAGAUUGGACCUGGCUGCUAUUCAUAAGAAUCCCCUGGGGAGUUUGUUAAAGAGUUCCAGGCCCCACUCUUGGAGAAUCUGACUCAGAAGGUCUAACUUGGUAGCCCCUAGGGAUCUGUUUUCUUUUUAUAAGAAGCUCUCUGGGAUUGUUUUUUUUUUUUUUAAAUCUUUGUUUUUAAUCUGCUGCUUGUUGUUGUUGAUUCUCUUCACCCAUUCUCCCACCUCCCAUCCCCUGAGCCCACCUCUGGCAACUGCUAUUCUGUUCUCUGUAUCUAUAAGCUUAGUUUUUUAUUUUUAGAUUUCACAUAUGAAACCAUAUGGUAUUUGUCUU